GGUUGACUUUCUAUUCCCACUGUUUCAUAUCCUCCAAACAUAGCAAGCAUAGCACAGCGACACCACACGGACACUCACAAACAGCAACACAGCGACCAUAACCACCAUGGAGUUCGAUGCAAGAGUGAACGACUUGCAUGAAAUGGCCGCGAUCGGCAACCUGAAGGCGGUGCUGCACUAUUGUCAGAGUGGAGUUAACGUCAAUGCACAGAAUUCCAUGAACGGAUGGACCGCACUACACUGGGCGACUCACCGUGGCCAUGAACCCGUUGUCCGCGCACUGCUGAUGCGAGGUGCCCGUGUAGAUGUGAAAAACAACAAGGGACAGACCCCCGUCGAACUAGCCAAGAAACCAGAGAUUCUUGAGCUCUAUGGCAAAACCCCCUCAGAAGCAGGACUCGAUCAGCAGGAACAGGAACAGGGGAGCGAGGGCUCCAAAAAACCAACAUUUGUACCAGCGUAUCUUGCUCAACCAGACCUCUCAAAGCUAUGGUCCUUGCCUGAGGGUUCGACAGAUGAUGCUAAAUUGAACCAGGAGGCAUUUGUGCUGUCCAACCCACGACUUCCAGUCUCAACCCCGGUCCCUCAGCCAAAUCCUGCUACGACACCCAAAGUAUCGACAGGUACUCCAACUCAGCCUGCUGCUGCUACAAAUGAUACCCAUGUUGCCAAGGAGAUUUUAGUCUACAGCCGGUCUGUAGCAGACGAAAACUUACUUGGCGCCAUUUUUGUGAAUGUCGAGGACACAAUCGAAAGGACAAUCGAGUUGAUCAAGGAGGAGAUUGACGAUGUGCCUGAAGAGCUCAGCCUGGGUCGGUUCAAUGGAUCAAAGACCAUACCCGUGAACACGAAGCAGUAUACGCGCAAGACGGGAGACAUGUUCCGAGGGGCAGACGAUGCUAUUGUCUUGACUGCGAAAGACAAGUGAGAAGUAGCGAGGACUCUUUUAUGCAAGGAACAGACAUAAAGAUAACGUAAAGAUAUGGACCAAGCCUAUAGUUCCCCCUCUAUCGACGACGAUGAUGAUGAU